AUGAAGCUCCCUACCCUCUUCCUCGCAUUUGCAUCUGCCACCGCGGCAUCCGCGGCAGCCCUAACCCAAGUCCUCGACUUUGGCGACAACCCAGGGGACAAUGAGUUGUGGAUCUACGUUCCCGACCAGCUAUCUGAGAAUCCAGCUGUCAUCGUCGCGCUCCACGGCUGCCUUGGCUCCGCAAAUGACUACUACAGCCAGACAGACCUCCCCGCUGCCGCUGACGAGAACGGCUUCAUCCUCGUCUACCCGGGCUCCCACGAUGACUCCAACUGCUGGGACGUGGCGACAGAGGAAUCGCUUACCCAUGGUGGGGGAAGCGACUCCCAGUCUAUUGUGAAUAUGGUGCAGUAUGCGCUGGAUGAGUAUAGCGGUGACAGCACCAAGGUGUUUGCGACAGGCUCCUCGUCCGGCGCUAUGAUGAGUCUUGUCCUGGCCGCGGCGUACCCGGAUGUCUUUUCCGGGAUAGCGGCGUAUAGUGGCAUCCCGUAUGGUUGUCUACGCGGUUCACCGGGCUCCUCGCCAAUCAGCGCUGAUCAGGCGUGUGCGAGGGGAGAGGUGAGUAAGACUGCGCAGGAGUGGAAGAGUGAGGUGGAAAAGGCGUGGCCUGGGUUUAAUGGAAGCUAUCCCAAGGUGCAGGUGUGGCAUGGCACCGCGGAUUCGGUCGUAUUGCCGAAUAACUUCGACGAGGAGGUGAAGCAGUGGUCCGCUGUUUUUGGUGUGGAUGUGACCGAGGAGGAACAGAAUAGCCCGCUGGCUGGGUAUACGCGGUCUAUCUUUGGGGAUGGCAGCCAGUUUGAAGCAUAUCUUGCAGAGGGCGUUGGACAUGUGGUGCCGACGCAGGUCGACUCGACGCUGCAGUGGUUCGGGCUAGUAUAG